AUGGCGGAUCGAUUCCCCUCUUUGGAUGACUUUGAUUCUGCAGGCCAAAUCGAUGCGAAAGAGCCCGCUGCUGAGCCGUCAGCCGAUGAUUUCCUUGCCAGAGAGAAAGCUCUCUUGGGUGAAGACGCAAGCCAAUUUGCGACGAGUCAGGAUACCAUAGCGCUUGCGGGACCAACCGACGACCUCCUAGAAACGAACGUUGCCGGAGAUUCCACGUUUGAGACACAGUUUCCCGACCUUGCAAACCCAUCCGUGGGUACCGCGGGUUUGCAAGGAAGCAGCUCUGUCACCGGUCCGUCUGUGAGCUACAAUUCUGGAUUUCAGGCUCAGGCUCAGGCUCAGGCUCUUGGGGACGAAGAAGAACCGGAGGUCAUCAAGCAGUGGCGAGAGCAGCGCAAUGCUCAAAUUGCUAAAAGAGCAGAACAACUCGCCGCACAGCGCGAAGAGACUAUCAAGGAAGCCCAACAGAAUAUUGACGACUUUUACGACAACUACAACACGAAGAAGGAGAAGGGAAUUGCCCAGACGAGAAAAGAGGCCGAGACGUUCCUUGCCAGCCACGAGGACAUGGUAUCCAGUGGAACGAGUUGGGAUCGUAUUGCCAAACUCGUGGACCUGAGUGGAAAAGGCACAAAGGGUGGCGCUGCAGCCUCUGGGAAAGAACGUUUUCGAGAAAUGUUGGCAAGUUUGCGGAAGGAUGAGAAGGCCCCAGGAGCUACAGGAUAUUGA